GCGAACUACCACCGCUAUUCGUUUGCUUCUCAUGCGUUGUUCAUGGCUUCCAUGCAAUUAUUAUACGACGCUUGCCGAAAAUGGUUCACAAUCGGUAGUCUUGCCGUCUUUCCAAUAACUUUCCUUGUCAAUGCACCUUUUGGUCGUUUUGCUGAGAAUGCUGGAAUCAAUAUCGUCAAAUUCGACGGGAUAAAAUCAUGGAUGGUCAUGGAGAUCGUAUCUCCCAUAUGCUUCGCAUAUUCCUACUACAAGUCACCCUUAGGGUCGAUGACCGGCUUCACAGUCCAACAGCAUGUCCUCGCUGGUCUCUUUCUGAUUCAUUAUCUCAACCGCGCCAUUUUAUCGCCUCUCCGUACGCCUUCGCGGUCCAAAACUGAUAUCGUUGUGCCUCUCUCUGGCAUCACUUUCAAUCUUCUCAACGGCUCUCUGAUGGGCGCAUACCUCUCCUCCUACUCUGCACGCACCUUCCUUUCGAAUGCGUUUUCCGCACCUACCUUCUAUGUAGGUGUCUUCUUGUGGACCAUAGGUUUCGUUGGAAACAUUGUUCAUGACGAAAUCCUUCUCAACAUUCGCCGAAAGGCCAAAAACAAGGGCAAGGCGUCGUCUCAUAGUUCAAAGGCUGGCGAACACUACGCCAUCCCUUACGGGUUGUUAUAUGAAUAUGUUUCCUUUCCGAAUUAUUUCUGCGAGUGGGUAGAGUGGUUUGGAUUUGCGCUGGCCGCCUCUCCGUUUCCAACCGUGACCUUGGCAACAUUCUCUUUGCAAUCCCUUUCCACGAUUUUCUCCUCUGCAUCCCAGUUUGCGCCAACAUUAACGCCUCCAUGGAUUUUCUUGAUCAACGAAUUCGUCUUGAUGUUUCCUCGAGCUUACAAAGGACACUUGUGGUAUAAACAGAGAUUCGGAGAAGCAUUUCCUCAGGAGAGAAAAAUAGUUAUACCAUUUUUGCUUUGAUUCUCAUGAAAGGACUUUGCAUUGAGGGUAGACUCCUCCUUGCUUCGAUGCCACAGUUAUACUCAUGUUUCCAUUACUACGCAAAACCUUGUCAUUCGGUUGUAAAUUUAUUUGAAGUU